GCCGACCAAUGAGAAUCGGGGCUUUGCAGAGAAAGGCACACGAAUGUGAUUCUAGUAAAGAUACACUGGGUUCUCACGGAAUCCCUUUACGCACAUAGCUCGCCAGGUUUUUUCCCAACACCAAUCCACUCUUCCCCUCCUUUUUUCUCUCCACUCCCCUCUGCUGUCCCCACCCCAGAUUCCCGUGCAAUUUUCCCCAAUCCCAAACACUUAAUUGAGCAAUUGGGAUUCCUCACGUGUGGGCUGAUUUGUAGUUUGAACACGUGGCUCAUUCAAAAAAGCCGGAAUAGCGGAGGAUUUUUUUUCACCCCCUUCUUCUUCUUCUUCUUCUUCUUAUUCUAGGCUCUAGACUUAGAGGCGGGCGCCAGCCUUACCGUGUGUGUGACAUUCUCUGUCUCUUUGCCAAGGGGUUUGGGGGAAGACACAAAGUAGUUUCUCCUCCUUUUCACCCAGCCCGCCAUCGUUUGGAGACACGAGAUUAAUAAUUGAGCAUUUAUUUAUUGCGCGAUAGAGACAGAGGGGCGAGGGAGAGCAAACGCACUGUGAGGCUGCCAGUUUAAAUCUAUCUGUGGCUUGAACGACCGGGAAGCACGCCACAGCCACUCCGUAGUAGUAAAGGCGAUUUAGGCUACUCCAAACACUGCACAUCCGUCAGAGCAAAUAACUAUCUCUCCCUCAGCGUAAAGAUUGUCCCUUUUCGGCGCAGAACAUGAAUAAGCUAUACAUUGGUAACGUGAGCGCUGAGGCGAGCGAGGAGGACUUCGAAACUAUCUUUGAGCAGUGGAAGAUCCCGCACAGUGGUCCGUUUCUUGUCAAAACCGGCUAUGCAUUUGUGGAUUGCCCGGACGAGAAAGCUGCAAUGAAGGCCAUCGAUGUUCUUUCAGGUAAAGUUGAACUUCAUGGGAAAGUUCUCGAAGUGGAGCACUCGGUCCCUAAACGUCAAAGGAGCUGUAAGCUGCAGAUCAGGAACAUCCCGCCUCACAUGCAGUGGGAGGUUUUGGAUGGUAUGCUUGCCCAGUAUGGUGCAGUAGAGAGCUGUGAACAAGUAAACACUGACACAGAGACUGCAGUAGUCAACGUUCGAUAUGGAGCCAAGGAGCAGGCCAGGCUGGCAAUGGAGAAGCUCAAUGGAUCUAUGAUGGAGAACUAUGCCUUGAAAGUGUCAUAUAUCCCAGAUGAGACGGCUGCACCAGAGGGUCCCUCAGCAGGGGGCAGGAGAGGCUUUAAUGCCCGUGGACCCCCUCGUUCCGGCUCUCCAGGUCUGGGCGCCCGCUCCAAAAUACCAGAAGUCCCGCUGCGCAUCCUGGUUCCCACGCAAUUUGUAGGAGCGAUUAUCGGCAAAGAAGGCAACACUAUCCGCAACAUCACCAAACAGACUCACUCAAAGAUUGACAUACAUAGGAAAGAAAAUGCAGGUGCUGCAGAAAAGCCCAUCACAAUUCACUCCACCCCUGAAGGUUGUUCGAACGCUUGUGCUACCAUCAUGGAGAUCAUGCAGAAGGAGGCCCUUGACACAAAGUUUACUGAGGAGAUCCCACUGAAGAUACUUGCACACAACAACUUCGUAGGAAGGUUAAUUGGGAAGGAAGGACGCAACUUGAAGAAAAUCGAGCAGGACACGGGGACCAAGAUCACAAUCUCAGCUCUCCAGGACUUGACUUUGUACAAACCAGAGCGGACCAUCACAGUGAAGGGCUGCAUCGAGGCGUGUGCAAAAGCUGAAGAGGAGUUGAUGAGGAAGAUCAGGGAAUCGUAUGAGAGUGAUAUGGCUGCUAUGAACCUCCAGUCCAACCUGAUUCCAGGCUUGAAUCUCAAUGCUUUGGGUUUGUUCCCCAGUGGAGCACCAGGCAUGGCUCCCUCCAUGUCCAGUGUGCCCCCUCCUGGAGCCCACGGUGGAUGCUCAGUGUUUGGAUGCAGCCCUUAUGGGGGCGAGGGGCCAUUUUGGGCUUCUAUGCUGUCGGCGAGCAGCCAGCCCCUUGCUGUAACAGGGUCACCAGAGUCGGAGACAGUUCACCUAUUCAUCCCUGCGCUUGCGGUGGGAGCCAUCAUUGGAAAACAGGGUCAACACAUCAAACAGCUGUCACACUUCGCCGGAGCUUCAAUCAAGAUUGCCCCUGCAGAAGGAAUGGAUGCCAAACAGAGGAUGGUCAUCAUCAUAGGACCACCAGAGGCUCAGUUUAAGGCUCAGUGUCGCAUCUUUAGCAAACUGAAGGAAGAGAAUUUCUUUGGACCCAAGGAAGAGGUGAAGCUGGAGGCACACAUCAAGGUUCCUUCCUAUGCUGCUGGACGAGUCAUCGGGAAGGGUGGAAAAACGGUAAAUGACCUACAGAACCUGACCUGUGCAGAGGUGGUGGUACCCAGGGACCAGACGCCUGAUGAAAAUGACCAGGUUAUAGUGAAGAUCAGCGGACACUUCUUUGCAUGCCAGCUGGCCCAGAGAAAGAUUCAGGAGAUCCUGGCCCAGGUGAGGAGGCAGCAGCAGCCUAAGCCCCCAUCAGGAGCUCAACCUCCACAGCCCCGCAGGAAGUAAAGCUCCAGCGGACCUGGAGGAAUGGUGACUGAAUCUGCCAGAAGACUCGACAGAUGCACAGAUGCAGCAGAGUCCAGGGGGAGACGAAGGAGACAAGGGGUCGAAAUGUUCAUCUCAGGGGUCAAAGGUUAUCAGAACCCAACCAAACAUCCACCCCUCUUUGUCUUACUUGAUGAACUUUCAAAUGUGGCUAUUAAGAGACCCCACACCUCUAAACCUCCACCCACCUCACCUCUCUGCAUCUCUGAGAAUGUACUUCUGAGGGCUCCCAACUAUGUCACCUGCCCUCACAUGUACGCACCCCUCGACCGCUCUCCUCCCCCCCCACGGGUGUGUUAAAAAUUUUUUUGUCCUCUUUUUACACUAGAAACACAAAGAAGAAAUAAGGAUCCCCCUCCUAUCACCUCCUUGGUGUGGUACUUCAAACCUGACCAGAUGUUUUGGUUGACUUCAGAUUUAGUUUUUUUUUUUUUUUUUUUUUUUUUUUUUUUUUUUUAGUGUUUAAUUGGUUGAUGAAGCUUUCUCAUGAGUUUUCUGUGGAAAGGAAAAGGCAUUGCUAUCAAGGUCCUGGUUGGACCGACAGAGAGGUUUAUUUUGGGGGAGGGUUGGCUCAGAUUGGGUGGGCCAUGUUUAGGGGAAAGAUUCUUGUUUCAGGACAGGACCCCUGAAAGGGUGGAUUAUAUUUGGCGUCCUGCUCUUGUAAUGAUAGUGGCAUUUUAUAAAUUUGGAUGCAUUUUAUAGAUAGACCUAUAUACAUAGAUGAAUAUAUAUUUAGAGGUGAGGGCAGCGCCGCGACUGACACUUAGGGAAACGGUGCCGAACUGCUGCUGCCCAGAAAAACCAAUUUAAUAUGCAUUUUACGUAACUACCUCAGGAUCUAGUACCUCAGAAGAGAAAAGAAAAUGAUUAUAUAUAUAUGAAAAAUGU